AUGCAGAUUAGGAGACCGGGUACGAAAGGUUAUGAGGAGGUUGAAGGCGUUACUAUUUCAACACCAUCAACACAUGAAACUAAUGGACAUACAGAUUCAAUAGGGCACAAUCAUUUAGUACCUGAAUUUGAGCUGGCUAGUGUUUCUGUCGUUCCUGAUGAUACUUUUACUGUUGCACAAGCAGUCAAUGCAUUAGGUUUUGGAUGGUUUCAAGUGAAAUUAUCUCUAUUUGUUGGUCUUUGUUGGAUGAGUGAUUCAAUGGAAAUGACUAUCCUUAGUGUUUUAGGACCAGCAUUACAUUGUGAAUGGAACAUUAGUCGAUAUCAUCAAGCACUUGUUACGACUGUCGUCUUUCUUGGAAUGAUGUUAAGUUCAACAUUUUGGGGAAGCUUAAGUGAUCGCUAUGGAAGGAAACCGGCACUCACACUUUGUGGAAUUUUAUUAUUUCUUUACGGAUUAUUAAGUGCUGUUGCACCUUCUCUCGGUUGGCUUCUAUUGCUUCGUGGUUUAGUUGGUUUUGCAAUUGGCUGUGUUCCACAGAGUGUUACACUUUAUGCUGAAUUUCUACCAACAAAACAGAGAGGCAAAUGCGUCGUUCUUCUAGACUGCUUCUGGGCUCUUGGUGCCUGCUUUGAAGUUGUCUUGGCAAUGGCUGUCGUUCCAAAUCUUGGAUGGAGAUGGCUACUUAGAAUUUCAGCAGCUCCACUCUUUGUUUUUGCUUGUUUAACUCCGUGGUUGCCAGAAAGUGCACGUUAUCACGUCUCGUGUGGUCAAAAUGACAAAGCUUUAACGACAUUAGAAAAUAUUGCAAAGGACAACAGAAGGCCAAUGCUACUUGGGAGAUUGGUGGUUGAAGGGACAUCCAAUACUCGUGGAAGCAUAAAAGCUCUUUUAAGUUCUUCAUUGAGGAGAACAACGAUUUUGCUGUGGUUCAUAUGGAUGUCAUGUGCCUUUUGUUACUAUGGAUUGGUGCUGAUGUCCACUGAAAUCUUUGGCCGUGAUAACAAAUCAUUGAUUCCUGGAAAUGAAGAUUGUCAUGCUUUAGCAACAACUGAUUACAUGGAUCUUCUCUGGACUACUCUUGCUGAGUUUCCAGGAAUAUUCACCACAAUCUACAUAAUUGAAAGAUGUGGACGAAAGAAGACAAUGGCUUUUCAAUUUCUAUUAUAUGCAGGCUGUGUUCUGUUGAUUACUAUAACCACUGAACGAGUCUUAUUGACUCUCAUCCUGUUCCUUGGACGUGGAGUGAUUGCUGGUCUAUUCCAAGCUGCAUAUGUGUACACACCAGAGGUAUAUCCAACGAAUCUUCGAUCAGUAGGUGUUGGUGGCUGCUCAUCACUAGCAAGAUUAGGAGCGAUGUGCACCCCAUAUGUAGCACAAGUUCUAUUUCAAGCAUCCGUGGGACAAGCUGUAGCUGUUUAUAGUGCAUUUGCUUUAUGUGCAUCAGUAGCGUGCAUAUUCCUUCCAUACGAAACUCGAGGAAAUGACCUUUCUCAAUAA